GGCGCGUAGAAAAUAAGCUUAUGAUUUUGACACACAAUCCGUACCGCACAUCCGCCACCGCACCCAACCGACUGAUGUGCAGCAGCAGGAGGGCUCCGGAUCCCGUCAUUAGCACCACAACGACAAGAAGACACAAAAGGAGUAAGCACAAAAGUAGCUACCAGGCGGCAGACCGCGGUGAAGAAGUGAAAGCCCACCACCGGAGAGAGAGAGAGAGCGAGUAAGCGAACCGAGCUUCCCCGCCCCCAUUUUGGUUGUCGUUGUCAGUCUAAUGUAAACAAACCCGUUGCCAGAAGAAGGAGACACAUCUCUUCGAUCGGGAACGGAAAAUUCGGUUUUUCACCGACCGGAAUUGCCCGCAGUCGGCCCCACGGACUAUCCGAUGGAUCUGACAAUCUACAGUGAUGUACCAAAUGAGACCCCCGGAUCGUAUUGUCGGUUUUGCUUCCGGGAAACGGAGCUGGUUCCGAUUUUUCACCCGGCAACGCUGGAACCAGUUAAUCGGCAACUGCUGGACAUCAUUCUCGAGUGCACUGACAUUCAACUAACAGCGGACAAUGAUUUCCCAUCUUCCGCCUGUCAGAAUUGCCUCCAGGUGCUGCAAGAAUUCUACCACUUCCGCCGACGUACGAAAGAGUACGACCGGAUCAUCCGAACGAAAGCGGUGGUCCGAAUAGAACCGGAGGUGUUGAUCGUUAAGCAGGAACCACUGGAGGAUGACACGCUGGAGAGUGUCCGCAGGCAGUACCUUGCCGAUAAACAGCUGCAGCAGCAGCAGCAGCGACAGGACGAAGAAGAAACGGAAGAAGCUGACGAGGAUGAGCAUGACAUCGGAAGCAGCAGCAGUACGCUCACUGCCGAGGAAAUGCGAGAGGAGGAAUUUCAGCAUCCUAGCCUUAAUGCCAUCUUCAAAAUUCGCACCAUUUCGACCGGUUCGAGUGGUUCCAAAUCGACGACGACGACGACCGGGCCGAGCAGCAAUCUGGAAGAGAACCGCUGCAUGGUGUGCGGCGAAAAAUUCUCCACCCGAGAAGCGUGGAUUUCGCACCUGCCACUGCACGCAGGCGAGCGACCGUUCCAGUGUCACAUCUGCCUGGCGCAGUUCAAAACUAAGUACGUACAGCAGAACCACAUCAAAACCGUACAUGAGAACAUUCGAAGCUACCAGUGCCAAGUGUGCACCGAUCCCAUCCGACAGUUCAAAAGCAAGCGCACACUGGAGGACCACAUGCGUUACCACACCGGGGAACGGCCGUUCCUGUGCACCCAGUGCAAUGUGAGCUUCUCGUCGGGAAGCGUGCACCGGAAUCACAUGUACCGGGUGCACAGGGAAAUGCGCAAAAAGGACCGCAAGUGCAGUUACUGUGGGAAGGAGUUCGACCGGAUACUGGAUCUGAAGCGGCACCAGACCAGCUACUGCGAGAAGAUCGUCGGCCGGGCCAUGGCCGAGAGGCUUUAGAUAGGGAUAUGAGACGGUUUAGUAGGAUAGCGUGCAAAUGCACAAUGAAAGAAUGUGGAGACAAGUGACAUACAGUAGCGGAACGGAAGAAGAGGAAAAGCAUAAAAUUAUUAUAUAUUAUACUUAUAUAAAUAUAGAUUUAUAUUGUAGAGCUAACCCCACGUGAAAAACAAACAAAGAUAAAAAGAGUAUAAUUUUAACUAAUAAAGCAUUACAAUAGUAGAUUGUCGUCGAUGUACCAAAAA